UUAUUUCUCUUUUUUCUACGCUGUCAUUCAUGUCGCUUUCAUGACACAUAUAUAAUGACAGAUAGCUAAAGAAAAAUUCUCUGUAUUAGAAAAAAUAAAAAUUGCAAGAUCUAAUUUUAGAGGAUUCUGGAAAAUUGAUUAAAUACCUAUUCGAUAUAAAAUUCACAAGAGUAUUUACAACAGUUGAAAAUUGAGAAAAAUAUACAAAAUGAAAUGAUAAUGAUAAAUAAGAAGAAAUGAAAGAAAAUAAAGCUGUUUCUGUUGCGAAACAGGAGCAGCGCACCGAGAGAGUGUACGAAGUUUAUUAUAAUAAAAUACAAGACGAGCGACGUCCCUACUUCAAAGACUUCGGUUGCCAAUACGAUGUUAAAAGAAACGUGAAAUGCGCUUGUCAAAAUGCAGGAACAUUAAAAAAGAGAGACAUGUACUUUACCGGAUAUUCGAAACAGGUUUACGCGUACCAUGGAACAAAAAGUGUUACAGAUAUUGGUGUUGGAAGCAUCAAGGCGUUACAAAGGAAGAGAGUAAGAAGAAUAUAUUUGCCUGAAACUGAUGAGAGAGGCAUUGGCAGUGAGGAUCUUUCCGCUUUUGUUACACGUAAGACAAGGCCUAUCCCCAGAAGUGGUUAUUAUGACCAGAAGAAAACGUCAUCGAAAUGCGUUGGAGGCAACAUAGAAUACAAUACAGGAUGCGUUUUGAAUGAGAAAUUAUCUCCUAUAGUACAAACAAGGUCUGGAGCCACAAGUCCUAGCGACUGGAGGAUAAACACAGAAGUCGCGAGCAACACCAUUGGUAAGGACAUGGUAACUAUUACAACGCAAGUUGAAACUGAAAUUGAUAAUGCUCAAGAGAAUGCCAAAAAUACAGACAAUAUAGAAAUAUCUGAUAUCAAACAACCAGUUAAUAAUGCUCAAGAUCCAAGAUGUAGCAAAGAUCAAGCACCUGUACCAGAAAAUUCCCAAAUGAAAGAUAAAAAAGGAAAUCUAGUGAAUAGAGCUGUUUCCUCAGAUUCUUUGCUACAACAUGUCCAUAACUUAGAAAAUCCUAGCGAUUAUAAACAGAGUGGUACGUCUGUUGAUCCAAUGGAGAAUAAAUUGGAAAGAGAAUAUAGAAAAAUGUUUUCAGCAAAAGGUAAAGACAAAAGACCCAAUGAAAAACCUAUGUCAGAUAUGAAGAGUGCCUCAGUACUGCGCCGUAGGUUCGAAGCUUUAAGGCGAGGUAAAGUUAAGAAAGAAGACUCUAAAAAGAAUGCUAAUAUUCCUAAUAAAGAGUCCAAUCAGGUCGGUGCUCCUAUAAGAAAGGACGUAUCUAUAGCAUCCGAUCCUCCGUCUUUAGAGGGAAGAUCUUACUCAAAUACAAAAACUUAUAGUCCAUUUCAUUUCAACAAUGAACCCGAAAAAUCUAAUUGCAAACCAAGUACUUCGCGUAAGAGAUCCUCUACUGAAAAGAAAGAUAAAGACAGCUUACAAUGGUCUCAGAUAGGUAAUGAUGACAGCGAUUGUCAAGGAGUUAAAGGGAUGUUCAAAUUGUGGGGUAAGACAUUUAAUUUAGAAGAAGAUACCUACAAAAAACGAUCAUCUCCUAUAUCUUCUCAUCAAAGAGUAAACACGUUUACAAAACAACCAGAAAAGAAAGCAGAAUUAAAAUUAGAAAAAACAGUCAAGAAAGACGGAAGAAAGUUUUUCUUUUUCAAAAAGAAGAGUAAAGAGAAAUCUAAACCUUACAAAUCAAAGAAAGGAUUAACAGCAGGACGCUGUGAAGUUGGAGACGGCCUUACGAUAAAAAUAGACGGAAACGAAUUUACUCCCAAUGAAUCAAAGAAAAAAAUUCAUAUAUCAGAAGACAUGCUUCGCAAGCAGUGGCUUCAUAAGUACCUUACUCAUGCAAUAGAAUCCAAAAACAGUGUCCAAAUUAGAUGGAACAACAAAACCUAUGCAACCAGCAGUAGCACUAUCUUUGAACUAAUGGAUACUGUUUACCAAGAUACUGGUAUUGUUUUUAGAUCAAGAAGUGAAGUAACUACUGGCGAAUCAUCAUUUUACAGGUCCAAAACACAGCACGUAAACUUUGCACAUCAAGAAAUUGAGGCUUGGAUGAUACCAAAUACUGUUGUAGAUGCACCUAAACAAAAAUGUAGGAAAGUAAAAAAUAUGAGAUCAAAACAAACAACAGAAAUGAGAACAUCGGCACAAAAAUGGUUCAUCGAUAAAGCUAAAGCAUUUUCACGGAAAAUAGAAGUUGUUCUACACACAAAACAUGUAGUUCACUCUCCUAAAGAAUCUAGUUCAGAGUACUUGCGAAUAGAUAUUCCGAAAGACUUUUUUAUCGAAUCAAGCAGUGACGAAAAUAGAAAACCUUCAAGCGAUGAAGAAGUGUUCAAAAUCGUAGAAUAUGAAAGUGUGGCUGACUCUAAACGAAAUAAGAAAGAUAUGGCAACAGGCGAUCAUCCGGCUGACGAUGUUAAAUUGAUGGUUCAAAAAACGAGUCACGUCUUGGAACCAAAUAUUUUGGAGACCGUUAUUAAAGGACCGGCAGCGAGGAGAGACGUGGUCAUUCAGGGCAGCGAUGUAAAUAUACCGAAGCGGUGCGACGUUAUAGGUGUUGGUAUUAUAACGCAGAGAGAUUUGAGAGAAAUUAGAAAGCCUAUCUUAAAAAUUCAAGAUUACCUGACCGACGAAGAAUCAGAAACGAAUUUAAAAAAGAACCAAAAGACUUGCGAAUUUGCCGAGAGCUAUUUACAAGAUUAUUAUCGUCACUGGACUCCUCUAGGCAUGGAUCUUUUCUCGUGGUGCGUCAGCGAUUCUCACCUAAGAUGCAAUUCAGAGGAAUCUGAACGCAGUUAUCAUAACCAAGGAGACGGUUCGAAGUCAUGUCCAAAUAUUUACGAUGAUUUUCAAACUUCAGCUAUAAUUCCUUCAAGCAACGGCUGUGACUCUGUAUGCCCCGGUCAAGACUUGACGGACUACGAAGAACUAAAGCCUGCAGACAUAGAAUUUUUCAAAUGUAAAUGGCUAAGAAAGUUAAGAGUAAAAAAAUCUACCAUAAAUAAUUGUGGCAAAAGAGUUCUCCCUAAAGAUUCUUUAGAAGUAUUUAAAAGACGCAAGAUUUAUGCGUCGAGUGAUAAGUCGAAAUGGACGUGCUCAAGCUAUUGUGACGUCAAACCGUACUCAAUACCGAGUAUUGAAGACAAGGAGGCGCAAGGUCUGACGGCGGAAAUGUCCAGGUCAACAAUGGCCAGUAGAGGGAUGGAAACAAGGCCAAGACCUUGUAAAAAGCACGUGUCUAUGAAAGAGGACGGGACGUAUGAAUACGUAUCCAAAUCGGAGGGAUCACCAGCGGGCAUACUCAUGUUCAGGGGUGCGAGUGGCUGCGAUGUUUGUAGAGAAGCUGCAGGAAUUUGUCCAAAACAUGCUACUGUGGAUCCAGUAUCAUGUGAAAUUCCUGACCCACCUUGCAGACCUGUGUGCUUAGACAAUCCAAAUCCACCGUGCAGUCCUAUCAUUCCUUUACCAAGUAUGAAGAAAGACUUACAGCCAAUUAAAAAUAAAUGCAUGGAACCUCCUCCGCCUGAACCUGAAGAACCUGUCAUGCCUCCUUGUCUGACUGCCGAUAAUCUUGAAAACGGACCACCAUGUCAAGAAUGUCGAUCAAUACUAGAAGGAAAUUCUCCUAACGUCGAUACCGAAGAUAGCAGUUCGCCAACCGACGAAAAACCACCACCACUGGCAAAUCCAGCCACAAAACAGCCGUCUAUAUUAUGUCCACAUUUCCCACCAUGUAGGAAAUCUCAAUCAUGUCAAAAAUCUACGGAUUACGCACAAAAUACUCCGAACUAUUGCCCAAAAAUUCCAAGCGUUGCUAAAGAGGAACUCAAACCACUCGUCUGCCCCGUACCACCAUGUCUUGUUAAAAAGAAAAAAGAAGAAAUGGAAUCACGCUCUUCCUCACCGUGUGAUAGACCAUCAUGUAAGAAACCACCUAGUCCAUCGAACUCCGAGCAAUUUCCAUGGCCAUUAAAAAGCCAAAAAUCGGAUCAGUCAACGUUGGAUCUACCCAUUUUGCCACCACCAGCACCAGCAAAGAAAAGUCAAAGUUCAAAGUCGUACAAGUGUAAUGACGAUUGUCCACUAUCGCCAAAGUAUUCAAGGCAGACUAUAGCACCUAAAAACAUACAAAGUGAAGGGGAAUGUAGUGGCGACUGUGCGAAUAGAAUUGAUGUAAAACCGCCCAAGAAAGUUUCUCCCCUUAAAUGUACUAGCCCAUGUGCUUCGCCCCAAAAACCCGAGUCUCCAGUUUUACCUCUCUUGCCCGUAGAACCAUCUAAAUAUAAACGUAUAUUACCGGAUAAUCAAAACCUUAAGAUGCAACGACCAAGUAAAAAGACCUGUUCAAAACAAUGUUCAGCCGUCGACGACGAUGACAUCGAAGAUGGUGUAAUACAAUUAAACUCAAAGGAGAGAAUUACUAUAAGAAUGAAGGAACUUACACCAAGUACAGAAGAGAUACGGGAAGGGAUGAACAUUAAAGUCAAAGACGACGACGGAAAUACACUUUAUGAACGUAGAGAGUACAGAAAAUCUUGUAAGCCUUGUCGACCAUCCCUGUUAGGGGACAUGUACAAAACUUCCGAUGUAAAUCGUUGUUCAACUCCAAUCACAAUAAAGAAUGUGCAGACUUCUCAGGAACGAGAGAAAGUCGAAGAAGUAGAGAACAAAAGUGACUCAAGCGUUGCUAAUUUAGUUGAAAUUCAAUUUAAAUUAAAAAUAAUGCAAGGCGAUAAAACCACAGAAUUAAAAAUAGGUAAAAACAAAAAUGAUAACCACAUGGGACAAAUAAAAAAAAGUGAAAUCAGUCCGACACCACAAGACAUAUUUGUAGUUAAAGACGACGAUAACCAUUUAUGUGUAAAGCCAAGUCCCAAAAAUGACGUCAAUAUACGAAUAGUAAUAAAGAAUUUUAAAUCAAAAACAGAUAAAAAAAGAAACGGCAAAUACAAUGAUGAUUUCACGCAAAAUAUAUCUAAUAAGUUUCAUACAGUCUCAACAGGUUAUAGUGACGUGUGUACGGAAGCGACUCUAGACAAUGUUUUCUCAGUACAACGGGCCACAAUAGAUUUGACAAGUUCGAAUGAAAAAUUAAAAACUCAGACUAACCCGAGCGAAAACAAAAGUAAAGUUGAGUUUGUCGAAGAAGUUUCUAAAAUCACUACGCCAUCGAUUGAUGCCAAAUUCAACCCAUCUAUAAACAAAGUAGAGACUGAUCAUUUUGAUGAAAAAUCUUUGACGUACAAGAAACUAAAAAAUGAAGAUGAAGAAGAUUUUAAAAGUUACCUUCCAAACCAAGAAGUACGAGCGUCACUGUAUUCAAAUUCAGAAGAUCUUGACAACUUUGAAGUCACCUCUAGUAAUGCAGACAGCACCACGUUUAUAGAAAAGCCAAUAAGUAAAGCACAAAAGAAAGAAUUACUAAAGAAGGUUAUGGAGAAAGCACACGCGACGAAAGACAAAUCUAAAGAUAAAAUAAAACAGUUACGUGAUAUGUUGAAAGUUAUUUUGACAUCAGAUAGCAGUGAACACGACGAAAUGGCCGUAACUAGCAAUGAACUAUUGAAAGACCUCACAUUUGCGUCUUUACAGCCGAAUUUUGUAAAUGAGACAGACAGUAUGAAUACCUCGUAUAAUAUUAGGAGUAUCUUGUCACUCGUUGAGGACAGUGAACCGAAGUAUUAUCCAACUGAGGAGCAAAAUAGCGAAUGCAGCAAGAGUGAGGGAGAACAAGAAAGAAUAGAAAAGCAAAGAGGUUGCAUGUGUAGCACAUUUGCCGAACGAUUAAAUCUCCGAGGUCUAGGCGAGGGAAAAUGCUGCUGUCGUGUUAAGCAAAUGAAAAGCGAAAACACCAGCUGCGAUAUAAAAACUGAAAACGAUAUUUUAUUCAUGAACAUGACAACUCCCGAAUUAGUCGACGUUGAAACCCAACAGUCCAAAAAUUUCUGGAAUAGGCCACCCAACGCUAGCAAUUCCAAUUGCAAUAAAACAAAAUCGAAUAUUAGAAACGAGCCGACAAUAUCAGCACAUUAUCAAGAAAUAUCUACUAGAUACAUAAGACGUCAAAAUACUGAAAUAGAAACAAGAAAAAAGUUUGUAUCAUCGUAUAAAGAUAGCAAAGAGAUGAACAUGAAAACUUUAAACAGAAACAUUGCACUUAAUAUUUCUGAAGAUGAUAGAGCUAUUUUAUUAAAAGCUACUCCGACUAAUGUUUCAGCGACUGUAAAAAAAUCGAAUAAUGUUAAAGGGAAACCAACAAUUGUUCGAAAACCACACAUAUUACAAUCAUACGCAACAAAGAAAGCUGUAUUGGAAAUAUACGCUGAAAAAACCAUUGAAGAAGAUGGUGAACACACGGUCGCUAAACUGCCUAAAUUUGUGUAUGAUAAAGAAAGUGAAAUCCGUAGAUAUCAGCAGAGACUGUGCCAUUACAAUAGUGUAAAAAGGAACGUGGUCAUGAUGUCCGUUGAGCGGUAA